GUUUUCAUGGAAAGUGAAACCACUCAUAUGUUGUGCAUCUCCACCCCUCUCCACAAAGGACAGGAGUACAGUGUACAACAAAGCGUUUUCAUUGUAUUACCAUCUUGAUCUAACUCCCUGAACGUAUUCCUAAGUUUCGUUGAUAGUUUCAUCUUCAUAAAGGCCCACUGCCAUGAAAUAAGUCAGAUCAGACUCUGAUUUUGACAGAACCAAGACUGCUUGAAGGGAUUUCUGGAAUACGGUGUUCAUGUUUCCUCAUUGAUCGACCAGGAAUUCAUUGACGAUGAGUACACAUGGGAAGACGAUGAAGGCAUUCCUCGUUCUCCUGCUCACGACCAUGGUCAUCGACCUCCCCGACUGUGUGGACGCUAAGGGUGUGCGAUCACCAACUCCCACUGACGAAUUUUUGGCAAGUUUCUUCGAGCCCAGCUCCUCGGCCUCGGAGGCGAACGAUGGAGAGGACGGCGGUGCAUCAACGACUACGGCUACGAUGGCGACAACGACAGCGUCUAGUAGUGGUAUGAAGGGUCGGGAUGGCGUUGUUGAUCUUGUCGACCAAUUAGCUGAAGAAAUUGUGGACUCAGUCAAAGUUGACGAGAUGCAGGAGAAGAUGACAAGAUUAGAGUCUAGGGUUUCUGAUCUUGAGCGAUCGACUAACAAACUCAAGAAGCUAGCCCUGGCGGCAAUGAGCGUAGCUCUUGCUGAUGAUGGCGAGACGUGUUCGGAGGCAGAAGCACUAGGUGUCCACAACUUGAUGAAAGGAUUCCCAGCUAUGACAUUUAGUCCAUCCCAGUCGUCACCGACCACCAGUCUCCAUCAAUAUUGCGAUGAUCUAGGUACGUCCAUGAAGCCAGCGGUCUCCUGCAACCAGCUCAAACUGACUUGUAACAAACCAUCCGGACACUACUACUUGGAAAACGGAUAUUUCACAGAGGUUUUCUGUGAGAUGGAAUUGUUUGGGGGCGGAUGGGCCAGGUAUGGUAAGGCGGGUAAACAGAACGUAUGGAACUUCAUCGACGAAGACCUAAUUGAAGUACGACUACAGGUUAUGGAGCCAUCAGACAUAAAGGAAAUGAUAGAUAUGAAGUAUAAUACAUUCAAGAUCCACACAGAUGUCACAUUCAGCGUUCAAGCGGAUGACAGCACGAACCCAUCCCGUAUCCACGCCCGAAUCCUUCCUUGGUUUAACCGUGCCCCUUUCUACAUCGAUGGAUUCGGAGAGAACUUCACCAGGCUUGAAUUCCUACCAGGAGGUAAUCGGAUAACCUGUCGUAACACUGCUGGCACAUCGCACAAGUGUGGAUGGGGUGAAGUUCCAAAACCCAAUGAGGCAUCGGAACAGGUCUUGAUCGAGUCCGUCUACUUUGGUCCAAGAUCAACAUCCAACGGUGCCAUGACGUAUAUGGGGUCCUGGCAGUCCAACAAAUACACUUGGAAUGGGUCCUAUUACUACGUCUAUGCAAAAUAGUUUGCUGAAUACAAUUAAAAAAAAGCACAACCAUGACAGUUUUGUUUUUUUUUUUUGAAAAUUGUAUUUCCUCUCUACUGUAUUCAUCACAGAGUUCAUCAUGUAGUUCAGAUGCGGCGCAAUGGUAUUUUAAUGAGGCUGAUCAUUGAAUAAAAUGUCACUUUUAUAGUUACAUUAGUUACCCAGCAAAUUUGUUACAAAACUCACGUUCGUUACUUUCUUUCAUUUCUGUACUUUUUUCAUAGGAGGUGCAGCCACCCCCUUCCCCAAAGUGGCAUCUCUCAUGUUUGUAGCACGAAUAAAAUUGUCCCCCAUAUUUCAUUCUUAUAAUGACUCUUUUGAAACUUUUUAAAAAUUAUUCUUAAGAAUGUACUAUAUCUGUUUUCUUCAUCUUUCUCCCGAUCAUCCCAUUUCCCUCCUUUUUCUUUUCUCAUGCUAUCUAACUUCCUGUUAUUAAAUUUUGUUAAUCAAUUCAAUUUCUUUCUCUCUCUCUCUCUUUUAUUUCAUAUUCAUGUGUCUAUUAUCAUCCAUUUUCACAUACCAACACUUUUUACUUGAUUAUAACCUUUGAUUGUAACCUUUUUCUUCCUAUCAUGUCCCAUCUCUUCCUCAUCUUUGCAUUCUUCAAUUUUGGAUAUCUUUUAAAAAAAUCAAUAAUUCCAUUAUAGUCUCUCUCUCCCUCUAAUCACCACUGUCUUUCCACAUCCCAUCCUUUCAUCCUGCUUUUCCUAUACCCCUACUUUUCCCCACUACAACCUCCACUUUCCAGAGUAUGAAUUAAACAGAUCUGGGCCCUGUCUUACAAAGACUUACGAUUGAUCCGAUCAAACACAACUAUGGACGGCCAACAAUGUCAACAUCUAAAAUGCAAACUUGUUCAAAAUUUUUCUAGAUAUGAUGUACAUUCAUACAUUCAUUGUUCUCUUGAAAAUUCAGUGUGAUUCUCUUUGUUUACUUAGAAGAUUGUGCAAAGUUCUUGUAGAAAAAUUUAUGCUAUGGAUUGAUUUCCAUACAGUUGAGACUGAUUGGAUCAAUCGUAACUCUUUGUGAGACGGGGCCCUGUAAAAUAUUUUAAAAUAUAUGUUUCAUUAUUUUUGUUUCAGUAUUUACUUGUUAUGCAAAUUAAUUGCCAUUACCUUGAUGUACUAGAUACGAAAUUCAAACAGAAUAAAUGCUGAAUUAAAAGA